AUGGCACAAAGGAAAUCAUUAUUGUUCUAUUUAGCAGUUAUUUUUGUGGUACUGAGCACAUUGAGCCAUGAAGUUGAAGCCAGAAGAAAAAUCUUGCGAGGAAGAAGAGUUAUGACCCGCACAUAUUAUCAUGGAAACUCCGUGCCUGCUUGGGCGAUCAGCUUGAUGUCUGGCAUCGGAAUGUUAUUAGUUGGUGGAGUGCUUUACGCAAUUAUGAGAAAGAUGGUACUGUCAGCAGAGACCGGUUCAUUAAACACAUACCAGCCAGCUAUGCAAAAUGAUCAAGUGUAA